UUGUCCGCCAAUCCUUCUCAACCCCAAGCUGACGAUGCCCUCCUCUUCCAGGCCUACAACUCCAUGUUCAAUGCCGACCCCAAUGCCCCUCGAUUAAUAGGCAACUUUCCCCUCCUGCCUCUGCGCACAAAGACCCGCGGCCCUGCCUACACCCUCCCCUUCCCCAACCCGCCUCUGCCCGCCAACGAGUCCCCCGACCCGGACAGCGAGAGCUACGACAUCCUCGAUGAGGUCCUCGCCCUCUUCCGCGCAAACACCUUCUUCCGCAACUUCGAGAUCCAGGGCACCGCCGACCGCCUGCUCGUCUACGGCAUCUGGUUCGUCAGCGACUGCCUCACCAAGAUCAGACCCAGCGCCGGCGUACGCGAUGCCACCAAGGAUGUCAUGAACCUCGCCCUCGACACCAACUUUGCCAUUCCGGGCGACCCGGCCUGGCCCCUGAACCAGAUGUACGAGCCUCCCCGUGACAGACAAGACGCCGAGCAACUGCGACAGUACAUGUCCCAGGUCCGACAGGAGCUGGCGGUGCGGUUAUUGGCCAGGGUCUACGACGAGAACGGUGACGGAAAGCCGAGCAAGUGGUGGCUGAGCUUCACCAAGAGGAAGUUCAUGGGCAAGGCGUUGUGA